UCUGCUUUCUUAUUCUGCGUGCUGUUUCCCAAGAAAAAAAAAAAUUCCGACAUGGCUCUCGGGUUCGGGUCAUCCGAGGAUGUUUCGGGUUUCAAACUCAUGUUCCUCCUCGCGGUCAUGUACGGCAUCAUGUCGAUGCUGUCCUACUCCGUCCUCCACAUGAAGUUCAUUAAACCCCUCGAAAACGACGCGCCUCUCGAUCGUUUUUCCGAAGCCAGAGCAAUCGAACAUGUUCGAAUGUUGUCCCAAGAGAUCGACGGUCGGCAAGAAGGACGUCCUGGAUUGAAAAAAGCUGCCCAAUAUAUUAAGGGUCAGCUGGAAGUAAUAAAGGAGCGAGCUAACUCCAAUAUCAGAAUUGAGAUUGAAGAGACUACUGUAAGUGGUUCCUUCAAUAUGCUCUUUUUGGGCUUCAACAUUGCUCUGGGAUACAGAAACCAUACAAAUAUUCUUAUGAGGAUAUCGACUAUAGAUUCCAAAGAUACUGAUCCAUCAGUUUUAGUGAAUGGGCAUUAUGAUAGUACUCUUGGUUCCCCUGGAGCUGGGGAUUGUGGUUCGUGUGUUGCAUCAAUGCUUGAAAUUGCAAGACUAAUUGUGGACUCUGGUUGGGCUCCCUACCGCCCUAUUAUUUUCCUUUUUAAUGGUGCUGAGGAGCUUUUCAUGUUGGGUGCACAUGGGUUCAUGAAGACACAUGAAUGGCGUGACACAAUAGGAGCUGUUAUAAAUGUGGAGGCAUCUGGGACUGGAGGGCCUGAUUUAGUUUGCCAAUCUGGACCUAGUGCUUGGCCUUCUAAUGUUUAUGCGGAAGCAGCAAUAUACCCUAUGGCUAAUAGUGCAGCUCAGGAUGUUUUUCCUGUUAUUCCUGGAGACACUGAUUACCGAAUAUUUUCCCAAGACUAUGGGAAUAUUCCUGGGCUUGACAUCAUCUUCCUCCUUGGUGGUUAUUUUUACCAUACCUCCUCUGAUACAGUAGAUAGAAUAUUACCUGGAAGCAUGCAAGCACGCGGAGAGAAUUUGUUCAGCAUAAUCAAGACUUUUACUAAUUCUUCUAAGCUACAAAACACCUAUCAAACAAAUUUUAGUGAAGUUACUGCUAGCAUAUUUAAGGAUGAGCGUGCUGUUUUCUUUGAUUAUUUCUCAUGGUUUAUGAUAUUUUAUUCCAGAAGAGUAGCUCAAAUUCUUCACAGUAUUCCUAUCUUCGUCUUCCUUGUUAUGUACUUUAUGCAUGUCAGGCGUUCUUGGUCAGCAACUCUGUGUGAUUUUAUGAAAGGAUUUCUAUUCCAUGCAGUUGGGAUUAUAUUGGCAAUUGUUGUGCCAAUUGUGUUUUCUUUGCUGAGAUUACUGUUCUCUUCUCAGACAAUGAAUUGGUUUGCUCAUCCUUACUUGGCUUUCAUGAUGUUUAUACCCUGCUCACUUGUUGGUCUUUUAAUUCCAAGAAUUAUGUGGAGAAGCUUUCCUCUUUCUCAGGAUGUAUCAAUUGCCAAGACAUCAAAAGAGGCACUAUCUGAUGAAGCAAGGUUCUGGGGAGCAUUUGGGUUCUAUGCCGUAUUAACUUUGGCUUAUCUUGUAGCUGGGUUGAGUGGAGGUUUCCUGACAUUUUUUGUGUCUGCUUCCAUGCUUCCUGCAUGGAUAUCGUUCUGCUUAUCAGUCAAAUCCUUUGGACGACACUCACUCAGGUCAACAAUGUUUUACAUAUUACCUCUAGUUCCAUGCCUUGCAUAUGCUGUUUAUUUUGGUGGCUUUCUUGCCCAGUUUCUUAUAGAGAAGAUGGGCAUGAUGGGUUCUCUUCCUCUACCAUAUGGGCACUAUGUUCCUGAUGCUAUUGUGGCAGCAUUAAUUGGAAUUGUAACUGGUUGGUGCAUGGGUCCUCUAAUGCCCAUUUGCAGUCAUUGGUUAGCCAGGUCAUCAAUCUUGCAAUUUUUGCUGCAACUUAGUGUGUUUGCUUUGGCGUUAUCAUCUCAGUUCUUUCCUUACACCAUGUCUGCACCUAAGAGGGUUGUUUUUCAGCAUACUUUCCAUACUGCAGGCUCAAGUCAGAUUGUGGAAUCUACUUAUGAUUUGUCUGUAACUGAUUCCAAUUCUUUAAUUUUCCUUUUCAAAUACUCACCUGAAGUGGCAAAGGAGUUGAAUGUUUCUCCGGAGUUUUCCUUUGAAUCUGCAUCCCUAUCUAAACGCCAAGAUUGGAUGGCAAUUUUUCCAGUUUCUUUUCUGUUUUCAAAUAGUCUGAAGUUCCCUGUAAAAGGGGAUGAUAUUUUGAAGCAGUACGAAUUCUUUCCCAAAUUGUCUGUCCAAAGUCCAUAUUUAGAUUUCGAAAAGGGACCGAGGAGAGUUCACUUGGAGCUUUAUUUAGGUUCCUUAGAAGAAGUCUGGGUUGCAGUUCUUAACAUCACUGGUCCUUUAUCCAGUUGGUCAUUUGCAGAUAAUAUGCUACCAGGAACUGAAACUUAUGGUGGUGGUCCAGAAUCAUAUAUAUGUCGUCUUAGUGGACCCAGUGAUGGGAAUUGGACCUUCUGGUUAGAGGCUAACAGCUCUGAAGCAUUAAGAGUGGACCUCGCCGUUUUAGACCAAAAGUUGGUUGAUCCAGCAAAGAGAAUGAAGGAUCUUUUCCCGGACUGGGUUGAUGUCAUUGCCUAUUCUAGUUUUAUGUCCAGCUAUAUCUUUUAAUUCUUAAUAAGCAAGCCUUGUAAUUGUAAGGUCAUCUCACUUGUUUGGAAAUCAAAUUUGUAUAGGAUAACCUCAGGAAUUGAUACAAUAAUACCACAAAUAAUUUGACAGUUUUUGGGGGAAAUACUGGUGUGUGAGAACAAUUUUGUUCUCUGACUUGCUU